AUUUAAAUAAACAUGACGUAAAAAUGUAUGAAAAUAAGGAUUGGAUUUUAUGUCUUACGAUUAUACAGAGCAUCCCUCAUUGACUCUGGUCACGCGACGCAAUUUUUUUUAUACAACAUAAUAUAAUAUAUAUAUAAAUAUGGUGUUACUUUAUAGCUUGAGAACGUCUACACCGAAUGCAACAGACUAUUGGUAAAACAUUGGGACAAUCAAUUUUAACAGACUUAUACAUGAACAGAUAAGACAAUCACUUGGUAAGAAGUCCGAACUAUAGCAUGGAUGCAUAAGAACCUCCCAACCAAGCUAUCGGAUUUCCUGGCGAGCUACUAUCGAUAUGUGUGAUUUGGCGUUGUACUGAUGAAACACAAUUCCCCUACUGUUUGGCGCUUUUUGACGAUUGCUUCCUUCAGACGGUUCAAUUGCUGAUAGUAUAGAUCCGAAUCAAGAGUUUGACUGUAGGGUAUAAGCUCAUAGUGGAUGAUUCGUUGCAAAUCUCACCAAACACACAAAAAAACCCAACUAGUCCCCAAUCCUGGCUUGGAGACCGUUUCUGCUGGCUCACUGCUCCUCGACGAUGACCUUUAUCAUUUGACCUUACUGUAGGUGAUGCACUUUUUAUCAUCAGUCACUAUUAGCUUCAGACAUGGAUCGAUUUUGUUGCGAUUCAGCAGCGAUUCGCAGAUGACAAUUCGUUUCAUGAGGUUUUUUCAUAAAUAUAUCAGGCUUCUUUGAGCAUUCAGCUCUUUUCAAGUGGUUCCAAACUAUUUUUAUGCAAUAUUUGGCUCCUAGUCAAUCGAAACAGUGCUCGGAUGACGGCCAGACUCGACGAUUUCAAUUAUUUUAUCGGCCCCUGAGAUUCAUUUCCCCGAAAAUCAUUUCUUAUCGGAUGCCUAAGUUAUACGCAGAACUCAUCCUACAAGCUCCGUGUUUCGAAGUUUAGUAGUUCAAGUUGUUGGUUCAUCCGUCAGUCUUUUAGGGUAAGGGUUUCAAAUAUACAUAUACACUUAACACAAUUUCAAGAUAGACCCUUUCUACUAAAAGAUAUUUAUCAAAAUCGGAGCACACGCUAAAAAAGUAUACAUGGUCAUACAUAACAAAAGAUAGAUACGCGAUGAAUUGGGAAGCUUCAUUCAUUCGUCGGUUGAAAAUAAAAACUUUCCCUUUUCAAUCGACUCAAUUUCACCUUGCAACAAAACAAUAUUAAUAAUAUUUGUUGAUGCUUUAAUUUGUUUACAAAGUCACCCCACAACAAACAACCAAAAACUUUCCUCAACGUCAAAUCCACGAAUCGCUAUUGCCGCUCACCUUCAUUGCAUUGAGCUUAGGCUACACCAAAGACAACUUAACAGCGAAGUUUUAUCUAAUUUAACGAGAAUUCAAAGCACGCAAUUUUGCACGAAGCGAAAACACUGAAUGGUGGAUGAUAUCAAGAAAUAAAUGCUAUAAUAUAUAAACAAGAAUUACUUUUUCAUCAGUUUUAAAGACGCUGCAACGGUAAACUAUGAAACAUCGGCAAUAAGAAGCUUCACUGUGGAGUGUAUACGAAAAAAAAAAAUUAUUAAGUGAAAAUAAUUAAAGUAAAUUAAUUUGUGAAACAAAGUUCUGUGGUGAGUGGUGAAUACUAAAAUGUCACCAAAAAUUCUAUGCUACGCGCUUUUGCUAAUUUGUUGGUGCAUUUUUUCGGUAAACGCCGGUUGUGUGUGUCACGAGAAGGGCAAAGACAACUGUUCCAAAUGCAAAGAGACGAUAUUUGUUCGCCCAAAACAACGUCACGGCUAUCCGAAUCAUGGCAUUGACCUGACACCCAUCGGUGAUACCUGUUCCUGCAACAAGGUGUUCGUAGAACCAGCUGCAUUGCCAAAGCCCAAAGCCUGUCCACAUAAAAAGCCCUCAACGAAAUGUUCAACAUGCAAAUGUGGAUCAUCACCGCCGUCUAGCAGUCAUUAUCCAACACCACAUGACGGCUAUGAAGCCGUAAAAAGUGGUAGCGUUUAUACACCAGCGCCAAUGCCACCACCACCACCAAUUCCAUAUACUUCAAAAUCAUGUGGCUGUUCGUCUGCGCAUUCAUAUGCUGCAUAUCCGCUUCCUGACGCCACUUAUGCGAAACCCACAGACAACACCGUACCUGCUGAUCCUAUUAGUAUUAGUCUGGCGCUACAAGCUACCAAAGCAAUAACUGUGCCAGAGGCCAAAUUAGCUUUUGGUUUCAAUCAGCAGCCAAAAGAUAGUAUGAAAAAAAUCACCUUUUCUAAUGUACCCGAGGAAAAUCUAUUUAAAUUGAAAAAAGAUGUCAUAACAUAUAAGAAACCCAAAUACACAACAACGCCAGUCUCUGAAGAAGUAUAUGAACACGAACCAGAGGAUAUUGUGGAAUCAGUCGAUAGUCCGAAGCUCACUUAUCAACAAUUGGGUUAUGUAACGGAAAAAUUUAAAAAUCCCAAAUUCCGGCAGGUACACACAGUUUAUGGCGACGAUUAUUACUCACAUGAAGCCUAUCCUCUGCCAGAUCGAGUAACUGUGGAUUGUGGUUAUAAGCCAGGACGUGUGGCCGCGUAUAUAAAACGGAAAAAUGACAACGAUCCAGCUGGUUAUUAUUAGUGUUUAUUAGAGGCGAUUUUUCAUUGCACUGUAAUUCAUAUUUAUUAUAAGCCCCUAAACACUUUCUUAGUCUAAGUUUGUUAGCUCUACAUUUUUAUAAAUAAAAUGGAAAAUAAAAAAUU